UAUAUACUCUGAUGAACAGAUAUUAAGGUGGAUACUUGUUUCAACGACCAAGCUGGAUGUAGCCCAAGGCACAUAUGAGCAACGUUCAACUGCUCAGUUACAGUCGAUAUUCAGAGCGGAACGUCAUGACAGAGCAUUUGACACAGGAACAGAUUUCAGAAUUCAAAGAGGCGUUCGGUCUUUUUGACAAGGAUGGAGAUGGGACUAUUACCACCACGGAGCUGGGGACGGUGAUGAGGUCACUUGGACAAGAACCAUCACAAACAGAACUACAAAACAUGAUCAGAGAAAUAGAUGCUGAUGGUAAUGGUUUAAUAGAUUUUCCUGAAUUUCUGGACAUGAUGGCCAAACGGAUGAAAUCUGACGCCGAUGACGAGAUUAAGGAAGCAUUCCGAGUGUUCGACAAGGAUGGCAACGGUUUCAUCAGUGCAGCUGAGUUGAGGCAUGUCAUGACAAACUUGGGCGAGAAGCUGACUGACGAAGAAGUCGAUGACAUGAUCAGAGAAGCGGACACCAAUGGCGAUGGACAAGUAGAUUAUGAUGAAUUCGUGAGGAUGAUGAAGAACUAGUACCAUUCUGAACGUCUUCAUACCAGCUUGUGUAGCUAUGUGUUUCAUUUUGUGGGUCUAUACCUGUGGGUCAGGUACCCUACCCGUAACAGAGAACAAGGGAUGUGUCUUCGAGUAUGAACGUACGGAUCAUUAAUGAUCUGUUGUAUUGUUCUCAUUUGUUAAGACACACUUCCAUUUCUUCAUACAAUUGAAAGAGUCAAGUGACGUUUUCCUUCCUGCAGAAGUUACUCAAAAUUGAUAUCCAUCUGUGUAGUUUACUGAAGGUUGUUGUGGAAUAAAUAUACGUUAUAAUGUUUA